AUGGACGACGAGGACGCCCUUCUCGAGUCGAUCGCCGAAGUUGGUGAGUGCAAAGUUUUCGAUAAUUUUCGCAUUUUCCCCUGAAAACCUUGAAAUCGCACAAAAAUCAUCACAAUUUUCAGACAGAUACGAACUGGAAGAGGAGGAUGAAGAAGUAGAAGAAGAAGUGGUUCGCCACGUGUCUCCAGAUGACGAUGAAGCGUUGGAUUACAGUGAAGAUCCAGAAGAAGGAGAAGAGGAAGUAGAAGAGGAAGGAGCCGGAGAAAUCGAGGAAAAAGUCGAGGAGAAGAAGGAGAAAAAAGAGGAAGAGGAGAAGGAAGAAGGCGAAUUGGAGGACGGCGAACUCGAGGAUUCCGAUGAGGACGAGAAGGAGACGGUCAGGGAACCCGCUGGCAAGCGAGGUAACAAAUUGUGGAAGGGCUGGGAAAUAUUUGGCACAGGCUUUUCGAAACCUCUUCAAAACCUACACUUUUGAAACAUGAAAAAGUAUUGUUUGCAGUGCCAAUCACGGCUCCACCGUCGUCAUCGUCGUCGGGCGCCGAAUUGCGUCGUAGACCGAUAGAGGUUGGUAUGAAUAAUGUGAGUUGAUGUCGUUUUCGUCCCGUUUUUGUGCCAAUUUUUUGCUGUGAAGCAUGCCCUGUUUCCCAAUUUUCCCCCUCAAAAAUCGGUUUUCCAGUCGCGAAUCACGCGUCCGGCGGCCCGCGGAUUCCCGCGCGCACAGCUCUUCGUGCCGAAACAAGAAGAAUCGGCCGCCUCGUCGUGGCAGGAGACGUUGAUGGCGGCGAAAAAGGCGAUGAACAAGGACAAGAGUGAGUUGGCCGAAAAAUUGCCGCAUUUUCGCCGAAAUUUAACACACCGGAAAGUGCCUAAAUUGAGCAAUUUCCGUAUUCUUCGCAUAAAAUUGCUGUAAAACUUGAAAAAGUCGAUAAUGUUAGUCAUUUCUAUUCAGAUCCCGACGACGACGACAACUCGAUCGGAAGUUUCUCGCCACGUGGCGACGAGGAACGACGGCGCGAGAUUCCGUCGCUGAUGAGCGUCCGAACGCACAAGCCGAAAGGUUCGCUUGGGAUUUUUUGCUAAAUAUUUUGUAAAUUUACGAAUUUCCUUUCAGAUCUCGGUCCGCAAGUAAUCUACCCGUCCCAACGUCACGCCCAACCGCAGCAAACCCAUCAGCAAUUGCGCGUCAAACGAGACUCGGGCGGCGCGCCGUCGAACCACCACAAUUCGGUGUCCGCGUCGUCGGUUCCGCGCGGAAGACCGCCCGCCGGAAGAGCCCUUCCGCUUCGCAGAGUCUCGAAAUCGCCGCCUGUGCGCGGAAUCAGCCCCGAACGGAAUGUGGAGGAGAUUUCGAGCGAUUCGGACGAGGAGGCGUUCCGCAAACGAUCGCCGCGACAUCGACGCAAAUCGGCGCGGUCCCGAUCGAGCAGAUCAAGCAGAUCGAGCUCGAAAAGUACGAUCCCGGGCGCGCGGCCCAUCUCGGACACGUCUUCCGACGAGGAACGCAAACGACGCGGAAAACGGCUGAGAACGUACUCGACGAGUUCGGACAAGAAGGAGGCGAAGCGACGGCGCCAUAUGAAACGGACGAGCGGAAGGGAUCCUUCGAGAAGCCGUUCGCCACCGCCCUACCCGCCCGGACACCGAAAACGGAAAGAGACGCAGAUCGUCACCGGAGACAUUCACAACUAUCGGAUUCCGAAGCGGAACUCGGGCGCAACGAGUCGAAAGAACGGAUCGGAGAAGAAGGCGGCUCCCGCGGAGCCGGCGUUCCUCAAAGAUCGCAACAAAAUAAAACGAAAGAGAUCGGAGACGCCGCCGCAGAAAAAACGGAACGAAAAAGGAAGGGAGGGGUCGAAACGGCGAAAGGACGGACGGGCACAGACGAUCAGUGAAAGUGAUAGUGACGACAGCACGUCGACGUUCUCUUCGGGAGAUCGGAAAGGCAGAAAGAGGUCGAAAAGACGGUCGCCGGCGAAGAGCGCCUCUUCCAGCAGCAGCAGCUCGCAAUCUCGCUCCCCGUCGAGUUCCAGUGGGUCUAGUUCCGGUGAGUUUGCGUUAUUUUCAAAAAUCGUUGUCUACUCUAACAUGUAACUAUUAUCCAUUUUGUAGACUCGUCCAUCUCGAAACUGCCGUCCGCCUACCGCCCACGCGCUCCAUCGGAAGAGAAAAUCAGUUCGGACGAGGACGAGAAAUCGCGCACGGCCACGGCCACAGCGCCUCGGUCCCCAUCGCCAACUUCCGCGCUCGGAUCCUCUCAUUCUUCGGCGCCUUCGUCUCCCAGGGUACCACCUCCUCCGCCGGCGGAAGAAUCGGAAGCUCCGCCCCCUCCGGAAGGACCGCCGCCGCCGCCGCCGACGGAAGCGGAAACUCGGAGGCAAUUGAAGAUGCGCCUCAAAUCGAUCAAUAAAAUAUUGAAGGUGAAGCCGUUGGACGAGGGGAAAAGCCCGGCGGAAGCAUAA